AUCUUUGGUGUCUGAAAUUUUGUCACACUGAUUCCUGUCACCAGGAAAAAGGGGCCUACUCUCACGUAAAGAACCGUGUGAGGCUCAAGACAUACGUAAUAACCAAGUUUUCAUUUGAACAGAAUGAGAGAGAAGUUUUCAAUAUCCCACUAAGGAUGAGAUACCUGAACUAGGAGCAUUCAUGGUUGAAUGACUGCUGAAAAUACAGGGAGGCAGAAGCUGAAAGCUGGGCAGAUGUAAAGUAAUGAAGGUCGCCAGAAAUAAUGCCUUCACUAUUUUGGAAAUUGAUGGUCAAGUGAAUAAUAGCAGUUAUCUCAAUCAACGCUUCACUUUAGGCUGAAAAAGGCAAAAAGUUCUCCAUUUGUAAAAGAAUAUGCUUGCGUGAAGGUCCUGCCUGGGUGUGUUAACCAUUUGGAUUCUGCAACUCCUGGGCAUACAGCACUUUGGGUCAAAUUUGCUGCUUCUAACCAGUGGCUUCAUGAACUUUAAAAAGAUGAUUAUAAAGGACACAUAUUUCUCAAGAGUAUCCAGCACUGUUGCCCACAAACAUAUCUUUGGACCCAGCAGACAGGCCUGUGGUCAGUGCCUUUUUUGCCUUUCCUUUAUAAGACUCUAGUGGCUGAUGUUGAGAUGGGCAAGUUCACAGAACCUGGGAAGGUGGUGCUGGUCCUGGCCAGACACUGCUCCAGAUGCAAAGUGAUCAUUGUGAAGAACAUUGAUGAUGGCAUUUCAGACCAUCCCUACAGCUAUGCUGUGGUUGCUGGAAUUGACCACUAUCUCUGCAAAGUGACAGCUGCCAUGGGCAAGAAGAAAAUUGCCAAGAGGUCAAAGAUCAAGUUUUUUGUGAAAAUUUAUAACUAUAAUCACCUCAUGCCCACAAGGUACUCUGUGAAUAUCCCCUUGGACAAAACUGUCAUCAACAAGGAUGUCUUCAGAGAACUUGCUCUUAAAUCCAAGGCCUGACAAGAAAAGUUCAAGUUCAAGGAGAGUACAAGACUGGCAAGAGCAAGUGCUUCUUCCAGAAGCUGUGGUUUUAGCUCUCCUUGGUUUCAGUAAUUUAAAAAUACCAAAAAUAUAAAAGUUUCAAAAAAUAAAAUGAAUAAUGGUACAUAAUAAAAAAAUUACUGUGUAAAUUU